AUGAUUCUGAUACGUUUUUCGUGUUAUGCAUGCAAAAUUCGUGACAUCCAAUCUGUAUUGUGCAAUAAAGAACUCUAUUCGACCAGCACCGCCUUUUGGGAAUAUAACAAUUGGUGCCGUCGCCAGGAUCAGGAUGAAGGUACCGUGACCAGUAGCCUUCGAGGAUGGGGACGUUCAGAUGUUCCUGGAGGAUUUCGAGGAUGUGGCGGAGCUGGUCGGAAUACGGACGGAUCGCGGCAAUUUGACGGCCCUCCGAGCGCUCCUCAAGGUUCGUGCGCGGGCAGUGUUGGACGCGGCACGAAGAGGUCCGGAGAAAAUGGAGUGGGCAGCCGCGAAGGUCACCCUGAUCGCGAGCUUUGA